CUCUGCCCACGGCCGUGCACGGCACGAGCUCGAGGACACGACGAGAGCCGGGCGAUCCCUCCGGUGGCGGUGAGGCCAGCCAAACCCCACGGAGACGGUUACGAUCCUUUCUUCUGAAAAAAAAUGAGCACCGCACAGCGACGCGAGUACUGAACUCUUGCUUUUGGGAAAGGACUGGCCGUUCUUAGGACGCUUUAAUUUGCUGCGGGGGGAAUUAAAGAAAGGGGCCUUUUCUUCCCCGUUCGGAAUAGAGAAUGCAGGGGCACCCAUCAUCCUGCUGAGUGCAGCACCAGCAGCUCGAUUGGGUUUUGGUUAGAGUAGAGUGGGUCAUGAUUAGCGCGAGCGCCUCUUUAUCCCGGGGAAAAGGCUGCACAUUCGAUCUCAUAGAUCUUGCUGUCGCCCUCCCCCUUUCUUUUUGCAACGAAAACCUCGCUUUCUUCGCGCUCUGGAAUGGCUUCUUUUUAGAAUCUGAUGAAUGUUGAUUCUUGCAUUACAUAACUUGUCCAAUUUUCGUUCAAAAUCUGUAGUUUUUGAAUUUUUUAAUGAAAAAGGUCUUAUACUGAUGGACAGAAUAAGUGUGCUUCACAGUGAAGGAAGCAAAAUGGCGUCACAGGUGAAUGGGCAAUGUGAAGGAAUGACGAGGUACUAAUUACCGGGUAGUACUGACUACCACCGAGAGUACCGUUGCCCAGAUUCUGCAGGAAGGGGAUCGAGUGAGACGAGGAGGAGGAUUAAUUGAUUAACCUAAUCUCGUAGGACCAGGAGGGUCAGAGAGAUAAGAGGGGAACGGUAGGGGGAAAAAAACGAAAAGAAUUCACUCACCCUCCCUCUCUCCUCUCUAACGGUAUGAUUAGGGCAGGGCAUCCGACCCCGACCGCCAGCCAUGGCCGGGCUUAACAAACGGUCGCUCUCCUCCCCCGCCUUUAUAAGCGCCUCUGCCGCGCCUUCACUCGCCACCACCAUCCCCUUCCUACCUCACCUACUCUCCCCUCCCCUCCCCGCCUCCUCAUCCUCCCUGCUCCGGCCGCAGCGGCAGCGAGAAUCCGAGGCGGGCAGCAUGCAGUCCAAGCACCGGAUCUUCGCGGAGGACCUGCUCCUCGCCGCGGAGGGGGAGGACCACUUCGACCGGGUGCCGGACUCGCUGGUCCUCAUCAUCUUCAACAAGCUGGCCGACGCGCGCUCGCUGGGCCGCUGCUCCGCGGUGUCGCGCCGCUUCAACGCGCUCGUCCCGCUCGUCGACGACGCCUGCCUCCGCAUCGACCGCGUCAUCCCGGCCGACGGCGCGGACGGUGCCGGCGUCGACGCGCUCGGCCUGGCCGGGGCGCCGCGCCCGCGCGCCGUGCUCUCGCACCUCCUCAAGGCCAUGCUGCAGGCCGUGCUCAAGCCCUUCGCGCACUGCGACGCCAAGUCCGGCGCCGGGGCGCACGGCGCCAAGCACGCGCAGCUGCAGCACCACUCGCCCGCCCAGGUGCUCAAGAACUUCAGCAGCAUCCGGAACCUCCGCAUGGAGCUCCCCGUCUCCGACGUCGGCACCGACGACGGCGUCAUCCUCAAGUGGAAGGCCGUGUUCGGCAGCACGCUCCAGAGCUGCGUCAUCCUCGGCGGCACCAAGGUGGAACGGGCUGCCGCUGCCGGCACCCACGACGCCUCUGUGCCUGCCGCCGCCGCCGCCGCCGACUCUGAUGCCACGGGCGACGACAGCGGCAGCAUCCCGGAGUCCUUCUACACCAACGGCGGCCUCAAGCUGCGCGUGGUCUGGACCAUCAGCUCCCUCAUCGCCGCGGCCACCAGGCAAUACCUCCUCCGCGAGAUCGUCAAGGAGCACCCCACCCUGGAGCAGGUUGCGCUCACGGACGCGCACGGCCAGGGCACCCUCAGCAUGGGGCGCGACCAGCUCAAGGAGUUCAGGGACAAGCCGCUCGCCGCCGCCGCCGCCGCCAACCGCACGCAGGUGCCCGCCUGCAACAUGAAGCUCCGCUACGCGCCGCUGCUGGAGCUCUCCGACGGCACGAGGAUCCACGGCGCCACGCUCGUGGUCAUCAAGCCCGUCGGCGAGACCGGUGGCAUCGGCGGCGGCAGGAAGGAGCUCGACGACUUCGUCGCCGACACCUUCGACGGGCCCUUCAGGGAGGCCGUGGGAGUCCUCAGCAAGCGCCGCACCUACCUGCUCGAGAUGAACGGCUUCUAGUCUAGCUAGGCUCCACCUCCGGACCUCCCUCCCGUGCACUGCAAGACUGCAACGGCCAGAACAGCAACCACCUCCAUGGCUCCAUGGCAAUGGGCAAUGACGACUAGGUUGCUCUGCUCGCUUCAGCUCGGCCCGGCUCAGAGAUCGGCGGCAUACUGAGGUGUUCCUCCUUGUAACAAUCAACGCUGAUGCCGCGCUCGAUCUCUCAUCUCUCGUUACUGCCUUGGCAUCGUUGUGACACAAUAAUCGAAUGGAGUGGGCAGCACCUGCAGCCACUCCAUUACAUUUUGGUGCUAUGAUGAAUGGAUGAAUCAAUGGAUGGAAUGAAAAUCAAUCACAUUUUCAGUCAA